GAAUGUUUAAAAAAUGAUGGAGUAAUUUCCUUUUGUUUAAAGUAUUACUGACACUUAACAAAUAAAAGUGAAUAUAUUUUUCUGAAAUUCAUUAAAAGAUUUUCUACUCGAUAAAUGUUUUAUUUAAAAUACAAUAAAAAUUUGAAAUGCAAUAAUAAUAAAAAUGACAAAAUUCGACAAGGAUGCUUAUAUUGAAUGUUUACCAUUAAAUUUGUAUAAAGAAUUAGUUAAUGCAUUGAACAAAGAUGAAGCUUGGAUGACAUUAGCAAGUUAUGUAGCUGAACAACUGCAAUACUCAUGUACUUCAUGGAUAAAAUCUUUGCAAGAAACAAAACAGCCUGAUGAUUCACCAGGACAGAGACUGCUCUUUGAAUUAAACAUUAAAAUGUGCACGGUAGAAAUUUUACGUACAAUGUUGGAUGAUUGCGGACUUGCUAACAUUCUUUCCAUUAUAUCCGACCCAGGUAUAAUGACGCGCAUUUAUUCGUUAGUUCUUGAACAAAUUGCAUACUUUUUAUUUAUAAUCGUGUGUUUAGAACCUCUGAAAAUUAUUGUACACCCGAUAGAGAAAUUGCAAACCGAUACUUUAACAAUAUCGUUCGGCCGGCAUCUUCACUUGUAUUGUAAAGCAAUUGGAAUGCCACCACCAAGUUAUGCAUGGUAUCACGAAGAUACGCAAUUGCAAAAUUGUACCUCUAGUGAACUUGAUAUUACUAUCAACAGCGCUUCUCAAGCAGGAAAAUAUAAAUGUAAAGUGUUCCAAAUUAAAAAUGACGGAAUUCUUCUAUCAACUUUGACCUCAAAAACCAUAACUGUACAAAUUUUUCCCAUACCCGUUACAAUAGAGGAACAACCACAACCAAUUUUAGAAGUUAAAAAUCAUGAAAGUUUUACGCUUCGCUGUAAAGCCAAUAGCUAUCCUAAACCAUAUUAUCAAUGGUUUCAUGAUAAUACAAAAUUAGAGGGAGAAGUUUCUAAUACGUUACACAUAAAACAAUUUAGUUCAAGACACGAAGGGAGAUAUUACUGUUAUAUUUAUAAUGACUUUAGCGAAGUAUACACUCAAAGAGCUUGUGUAAUGCUUGAUCUUCCGCGAUUAAAAGCAGUCGCAAAAAUAGCUUUAAUUAUUGCAAACGGCGAGUAUGAUUAUCACGAGUGUCUUUCAAAUCCUAAAAAUGAUGCUGCUCACAUUGGUAACCUCCUUAAAGAAAUAGGAUUUGAAGUAAUUUGUCUGUUGAAUUUGUCAAUUACCCAAAUGAGAACUGUGAUCAAAUUAUUUAGCAAAGCCCUGGUUGAAGGUGUAUAUGGUUUAUUUUAUUUUGCUGGCCAUGGUUUUAAGAUGCAAGAGAGUUAUAUGCUUGCAAUAGAUGCACCAAAAACAUACUUAAGAAGAGAUGCAAUAUGUGAAAGCGAACUACUGGCUGCAUUUCUUGAAAAUGAUCCUGAACUGUUAAUUAUUAUCUUAGAUAUAUGCCAAACUUUACCUUCUAAAGAAUUUAAUCCAGAAAUUUACAACGAAGUGCCAACAGUGAAUGUAUAUAAAAGCAAGAAAAAUCUUCGAAAUUUAAUUCAAGCAUACUCGACAUCUAGCCAUCGACCUAGUUAUGAAAGAGAAAAUAGUAAAUAUGGCUUAUACGUGACGCAUCUUAGUAAAUAUAUUAAUAAAGAUAUACCAGUCACAAAAUUAUUUGAAAACGUAGGGAAGUCGAUUGAUAGUUGUUUCAAAGGCAAAGAACGCAAUCAAAUUCCAAUGUUUGCUUCGUCCAUUACAAAACCAUUUCGUCUUACAGAUGCUACUUAUAAAAAUAAACCCCCAGCAUCUAUAAGUUACUUAAAUGAACUUAUAUCAUUUUCAACAAAAACAUUAGAUGUAACUUUUAAACAAGCAAAUAUAUGUACCAAAGUUACUAUAUCAUUAUUCAUGGAACCUUAUUUAAACUUAAUAAAGGUGAAACUCCCGGAUUUGCAAAAUGUAGAAAUAAAUUUUUUUAAUUCUGUUCCGGCAAAACGAAAUAAUUUAUAUCACAAACAACAUAAGAAAGAAUGCUGGAUUCACAAUCCUCAAGUUAACGAUGGACCAGUAGUUAUCUCUAUAUCUAAACAUGGAACUCCUAUUGGAGCAACCUUACUACACAUACAAGAAUAUAUACCUUGUUUACUAAAAGUUAUAAACUCUUGAAUAUAAAUGUUCAUACUUUUAUUUUGUAGUUUUUAAAAAAGAAAACAACACAUGAAAUUAAAUGUGAUAUCGACGGUACAUACAAAUAAAAUAUUUACAUUUGUUUGAUUCAUACAUGCAUUUACC